AUGGAAAAAAAAAAAAAAAAUAAUAACGACAUCAUUAAUCACAUAGAUACUAUCGUAAAUGUGAACAAAAAAAUAAAAGUGGUGAUUAUCGGAGCGGGAUUAUCCGGACUAGCAGCUGCAUACGUAUUACUCAACCAUAACGUCGAUGUAACUGUGUACGAAGCAAGGAACAGAAUAGGUGGCAAGUAUUUUUACUCAUCGAAUGGAAAAAAAAACUACCUAGGAGAACUAGAUCUUCUAGUCAAUCGAAAUAACCCCCUCAUCAAUUUCUGUCUCAAAAAAAAUAUCUACCACAAAGAUGUGAAUAGGCACUUGUACAAACACUACAUCUACCUUAAUGGGAAAAAGAUAUAUAUGCACGAAAUGAGGAGCGAAUUUUUUAAGGUCCUUUACAAGCUGAGGUUCUACUAUGACCAAAUUUUUAACUCCGCUUUUUUUCAUAACUUGAAAGAUAAAAACAUCCUCCUUUGUAUGUCCCUCGGACAAGCCAUUCGAAUAGAAGUAGCCAAAAUGAAGAGUGAAAGAAAUCCAAAAAGUCUUCAUGUCCAACUGUACGUUUCCUAUAUCGAAGCCACUGCUGGAAUUAACUUAGAUUCCUUAUCCAUCCAGUACCUUUUCUACAAUCUCAGUUUCCUUGAUGUGCUUCAGACCAUCUGCUGCAACUUUGAGCUCACCGAAAUUUUUAAAAAGUUGAAAAAAAAUAUCAUCAUAAAAAAAAAUAAAAUUGUUAAUAAAAUAUACGCUUAUAAUGAUAACAUCAAAAUUGGCUUUAGCAAUCAUGUCGACAAUAGACUGUACGACUACUGCAUCGUGACGGUUCCCAUCGGAGUUUUGAAGGACAGUGUAAAGUUAUUCGGCCGCACCAAGAAGGGGAGAAUCCACCGUCGGGGGUACACUCCCCAAGGGGGAAAGUUAAAGCGGAUUGAAGAGAUACCCCACUUGGGGGAGCAACCCAAGACUGACCAGCACUCCGCUACCUGUGCUGCUCCCCCCCAAGGGAACAACCCCACCGAGGGGGAAUUAAACCAGCCUCAAAGGGGCGAUCAUCCGAAAGGGGCAAACCCGGACAUCCCACAGCGGAAAGCCCUCCCACUUCAACCCCCCGCAGAAUCAUACAGCGCACCCCCUUGUGGGGAAAAUCAUAAUCAGAAUGCCUCCACUUCGAGCGACUACCUCAUCAAUAACAUAGAUAUCACAACGAACGAGAACAGAAGCACCUGUCGACUCAAAGGUUCUAGCAACAAUGGGGUACUCUACUUCAGUGGGGAAGGCUGCGCGAGCUUGGCGAGGUGCUCCUCCGAAACGAAUAGCAAUUUGAACGUCUGCGAGAUGGACAAACCUUGCGAUUUGGAUUUUUUCUGUGGAACCGUUUGCAGCAAACUGGAUCAGGACCAUAGUCCAAAUGGCCACUCGUUACAGAAUGCUCAUGCAGAAAGUCUACACAACUCCAACAAGCAAGGGACCCUAUCCGAUGGAAAGAACACUCAUAUAUUCAACAUAGGGAGAUGUGUCAAGUGGAAGGAAGGGAACCCUAAAGGAUCCACUAUCCAUAAUAAUCUAAGUCGACAACAGCUGGAGAAGUAUGCGGAGUGUAUUUCUGGGGACCUCCCUACGAGGGGGACUCUCAAUGUGGAUCGAGCAGAAGGGAGAAAGCGAAAUGGAAGAGGUGAAGGGAAGGGGAAGAAAAAAUACCCGAAGGGGGAUCCUGGGGGGAAGCCACAUGGAAACCCAAGAGGCUAUCCAAACAGAACCAUAGGAGACCUCCCCGAUCAGGAGAGCACAGGACUGAUUGAGUUCAUUCCGAAACUCCCCAAGUGGAAGACAAACAGCAUUCACAGAUUAGGGGUAACCAAAAACAACAAAAUUGUUGUCACGUUGAAGGAGAGGAUUGUAGAGAGCACUCAAAAUGUUAGCAUUUUUUUUAACUGCAAAAAAGGGAAAAGGGAGAGAUCCUUCAAGGAGGGGGGCGUUCACAAGGAGGGAGGCGUUCACAAGGAGGGGGGCGUUCACAAGGAGGGGGGGAUCCACAAGGAGGUUUCCAACAGGGAUGAUCAUGACCUCUUUGGAACUCCGUCGCUCACACCAGAUCUGGGUAGUAACUCGCUUUUUCCUAGGAACGUGCAACUUGACAACAACACAUCGAUGGAUAUCUCCCUCUCCACAUCGGUGUCCAAUUCGAGAGAGGAUGGAAAUGGCGAGGGGGAGUUUCCCCCCAUGCAGGAGAGGAAGGAGAAGCUGCUAGGGGAAGAGCCUCACCACGGGGAAAUGCCAAUCGAGGAGGCACCAAAGGAGAUUGAAGAACCACUCCACUAUGAGAAUAAUGCCCCCACUAAUGAGCGAAUCCAUAACAACAACAGUCAUGUCUACCACCGCUUCCCCUUCAACCGUAGAGACGAAAGCAGCUUUAUGGGGUGCCUUAAGAGGGAUCGACUCAUCAACGGAGAGAAGUAUCGAUCCACCUACAACAGUCACAUCGGAACGAACAAAUACAACCACAUUGUCUUCUACAGUGCACACCCAGUAAUCGCCCUAUUUCUGAAGAAAAAGUACAGAAAAAAAAUUUCCAAGCUAGCCAAAAAAAUAAUUAUCAAUGACUGCAAGUCUUUUCUAAAGGAUCUACUACCUGGGAUCAAAAUUGAAAAAAUAUGUUACUACGAUUGGGUGGGAAAUAAAUUUUCUCGUGGGUUGAAUUCAUUCGUUGGAAGGAGGACUCUACAGAUAGACAAGGACAUAAUCUCAUUCCCAGUAAAUAGACUUCUGUUCGCGGGAGAGCACACGCACAACAGUGGAUGCAGCUCACUUGUCAGUUCCUUUCUUAGUGGAAAGAGAGAGGCGUACAGAAUCAUCGAGAAAAUUAACAAAGGUAUUUAUAAGAACAAAUUAGUGAAGUAUUUUUACAGCAGGGAGACCUCCGGGGAAGUGGAAGUACCCAGCGGGAGGUGCACUAUCACCGUAGACAGUUCCAUUCCCCUGGGUAGUAACACCAUGGGUACUACUGGAGUAGGUAGCCACGCCAGCGCGUGUAGUGAGGGGAUGCGACCUUCAGAGCAGGGGGGCACCAACUCUUCCCCCCAGAAGGGGUACACCCCACACCCACACUACGGAGAGGCUAAAGGCCCCAAAGAAAUCACCAUCAAGGAUAUCGACUCUAAUUACUUCCUCUACGUCUACGAUGAUGAAGUAAUCGGAUUGGAAAGAAAAGAAUACAACGCAUGGUUUCAGAAUGUCAGGUGCAUACUGUGUAAUGAAAAACAAACGUUGAGCAGACUUUUCAUUGGGGUCAUCAAGCUAAAACAUAAAAACGGUUCCUACCUUAAGUACACCUGUCAUAAGGACUGCCUCUAUUUUAAUAACUACACAUACAAUCAUGUAUAUGGAAACAGGUACUUCAACCUGACUGUGCUUUUCAAUUUUCUGUUUUACAAGAGAUGCUCUAUUUGUUUGCUUAACUUCCCCUCCCUAAAGUGCAGCUUAAAAAACUGCAACAAUUUUCUUCAUGUGAACUGUGCCAGCACCUACUUGUCGUGGCCCAACUUUAGCAAGACCAGUAGACAUGAGAUCCUCUACUGUUACAAGCACCAGUACAUGCAUGGGAUUUAUCACAACUACUAUGAGGAGGAGGGCAGUGAGAAGUUCCUUCGCCUGCUCAGAGAUAGGGACAGUCGUGAUGGCUACCCGCUCGGUGUGGAAGCGGGGGAGCGACAGCUGGGGCGAGAACAAAGGGGAAGACGUAGGAGGAGAAUGGGAAGCGGGAGCGGAAGUGGAAGCAGAAACGGAAGUGGAAGCAGAAACGGCGGAAGGGAUGACAACUGGGAUGAGGACGACCCAUAUCGGCACAGCUACCGGUACAGUGACCGACACAGCUACCGAUACAGCGAUCGGCACAGCUACCGCCACAGCGACCGUCACGACUCCUCCCUGCUGCCUCUCCACGGGUGCUACCCCUCCUCCUUCCACUACACGGACAAUUUCUGCACCCCCCCCAGAAGCAGCACCAGUUCCAAGUACCCCAAGUACCCACCCAUAGAGGAACUUACAGACAACGUACACGCAAAUAUAAGCAAGCUAAUGAAGCACUACAGAGAAAAAAAUAAUCAAAGAUCAGGUCAAAUUGAUUUAACCUCCACUCAUAGAAGCUUCAACUAUGUUAGCGAAAAUUUAUACAUGUAUGUAAAAAAAAAAUACACGAAAGCUUUUCCUUCAUUGGAUCCGUUAAGUGCUUUGCUUCGUGAACCUCCCUUCAAGAAUGAAUCGAACCCAGGGGAAGUGUUAGGAGGAUUGGAUAGGGGUCUUCUCGGGUUGAGUUACCUAAACAGAGAUGUGUUCAUGCUGAAUGGGUUGCUUAAGAUGUCACUUCUACACGGAGCGGGAUCUUACUGUCACCCGGACAUUAUGCUGCCUAUGGGCAGCAGGUAUGGUGGCUUUGUGGAGGAGGGUUUUUCAGAGCAUCUGCACAGUUACCCGGAGGACACCAAUGCGCACUCGGUGUGGGAGCACCGCCAUGAGGGAGGCGCUUUACGCACCGGCGAGGAAAGCGCGCUGACUGCGGCCAACCCGAUUCACGCAGCCAACGGCGCUCAGAACAGCUUACGCAACGACGCUCAGAACAGCUUACGCAACGACGCUCAGAACAGCUUACACAACGACGCUCAGAGCACCUCACGCAAUGACGCCUCCCCCCGCGGAGACAAAGGAGCGAAGAACCACGUCAACUUGGGAAGCACACAAAACGGUCCUUUUAUCACAGAAGAAGAUUCAGCUAUCCUAAAGGUAAUGUACGAACAAGGGAUUUUGGGCACCCCCAAAGACGAUGGGUUUUACCAGCCCAGCCGCAGCCAUGUUCAGGCCGAUAGUAACUCUAACGGAGCGGAAGGAGAAACUCAACGCAGGAAUGACACCAGUACACACACAUACGGGGGUAUGAGAAGGAGGGACUCUUCACGUGAAGAUCCCAGGGGGGUAGCAAAUCGUGAGGACGCAGAAUCGAGAGAGCAAACAAGACAAAGACAGACGCAACAGAUGAAGGAUUACAACCAACAAUUCAUCUCGAACAACUAUCACGAGUCUUCCAACACACCAGGGAUCCUACCCCAUGUGGACAGUGCCAAUUAUAACCUCAUGUUACGCUUACUCUCAAAAUACUUCCGAGAAGUGAGCCAAGGCAAGAGGAGAAUAAUGAGCAGCACAGGGAUGUUAUACACACCGGACGGACGGACAAGCAGCGGUGUGGAUGAUCACAACGCCAACUGGGUGAACGGAGCGGUGGAUUCCCUCCAGAAUGUACUCCCCAAGGAGGUACAAAAACGAAUCAACCGCAUUAUCAAUUACCCCCUGCAUGUUGCUCACAAGGAGAAUCAAGUAAAUAUGGAAAUGGAGCAAAACUACAACCGUUUCGCUACCGAAGGGUGCAACGACCCGACGAACAUAAUCAGUAGGCAGACUACACACAACGAUACACCUAAAGGGCAGAUGCACAUGGGAGUGACAAAGGUGACAGAAACGAAUCAGCAAAAGAAAAAAAAAGUCCCACAUAAUAACAAACUUGAAAUGCUAUACAAGCUGUACCUUGACAAGAAUAACCUCAACUACUCAGAUGAGAAUGAUAAUGAACCCUCACCGAAUGGGACAGGUAAAAAAUUGUUUCGAAACAAGUUGUUGGAAAAUUAUUAUCAUAUCUUGAAUGGUAACUUGAGGAGGGAGAAGAUGAAGCGAAGUGGGGCGGAUGCGGAUCAGAGGAAUGGCACGGCGCGUGAGAACGCAGAAAGCAGAGGCCACGUGCAGCCGCAGCAACA